AUGGCGCGUUGCUCCAUCGCGAAGCCGCCCGGCGGCACCACCACCACGGCUCCGCACCAUCCUCACCGCGCCGGGCAGCUACCCACCAGCGCCGCCGCCUCCCCGACCAUCACAACAAGAACGCGGCGUUUCUCGGCCCUAUCGAAACCACCGUCACUGCCUCUCUUCCCGCGCCCAAAGCUCCCCAUACCCACCACCUCCAAUGACGCCCCCACCAACAGCAAGCAAGACAACAGCAAAGAACUAUCGAUGAAUACAGUGUCCUGUCGGUCGUCCUCCGGCGCCGGCGACGUGCUCCGCCUGAUGGACGUGCUCUGCGUCGCGCCCGGCGAGGACGUCUACAUCUCCCUCCUCAAGGAUUCCGUCGACGCCUCCGAGGUGGCCGCAGUGCACGCCCACAUCAAACGCGCUGCGUUUCCCCUCCCCCUGCCGCUAGCAAACCGGCUGCUGCUCACGUACGCGAGCCGUGGGGACACAGCGGCCGCCCGCAAGGUGUUUGACGAAAUGCCCGUCAAGAACGGCAUCGCGUGGGCAACCAUGGUAUCGGCCUACUCCGACGGAUCCCUUCAUAACGAAGCGAUAAGGCUCUUCUCCUGCAUGCGUCACGAAGAGCUCGCUGCUGAUUUGCGCGAUUGUUCCAUCGUAGCGGUGCUGCGGUCAUGCGCUCGGUUGGGCGAACUAAGCUUUGGGGAGCAGGUGCAUGCGCUCGCCAUCAAGGCAGAGAGGGUGUGCGGCGAUACCGGUAGUUCGCUGCUGCAGUUGUACUGCGAGAGUAACCGGCAUGCCAGCGCGCGGCAGGUGCUUGAGACGAUGAUGAGGUGUUCUUCCCGGGAGCAGCCGGUGCCCGAGGCAGCCUGGACCAGCUUCAUGACAGCUUGCCACCGAGACGGCUUGCUGGACGAGGCCUUCCACGUCUUCAGGGACAUGGUGUCCUCCGGUGAUGCCAGGAGCGGUUUCUCCCUGUCGACCAUCCUCGCGGUGUGCGCAGGAUCAGAGAAGCACGGGUGCUUCGGACAGCAAGUGCACGCCGACGCCGUCAAGCAUGGCGUGGAGACAAACCAGUUCGUCGUGUCUGGGUUGGUCCAUAUGUAUGCCAACCAAGGGAGGCUUGCCGAUGCAGCGAGGGCGUUCGAGGCAGUCGGCGGCAAGCCUGAUGUGGUGUGCUGGAACGCAAUGGCCAUGGGGUAUGCCCGCGGCGGAUGGUAUAGAGAGGCCGCCAGAAUGGUGUAUCAGAUGAAAGCUGCUGGAAUUGAUCCUCCUGGAGUAAAUGUGGUUAGGAUGGCUUGCUCCAGAUGAGCUGAAGAAUGAGAUCCUUGGCUGCACAUCUAAUUAAGGUGUGAUCUCUGUUAAAAAGGGUACCCCUUAGAGAAGACCUGUAACCUUACUUUCUUAUUUUAUUUUUAACGAGAUAUGUUUAAACUAGUAGUAUUAUUAGCAUAAUCUCCACAAACCACCAAUUAGCAUUUAGUUAGCUCGGUGCAUUAUUUGUCUGUAUAUAAUGUAACUUUACUUCACAAAAGUAUGUUUUGGCAUUUCGUUAUCCAACCAUUGGAACGAUAAUCAGUUGCUCUUUACAUAGUGUUGAUAGGUCAAAC